CUCGAACAACACUCUCACGACACUCUCACUCUCACUCUCCGUCGUCUCGCCACUCUCAACAUGGUUUGCGGGCACAUUGAGCAGCUCGCCAAUACUCUCAGACCUCCGAACCCCUCACAGCAGGUCCACCGUGAGGAAUGCACGCUCUGCUUCGACGGCCAGGAUGACCCGGCUGGCGUAUUGGUUUGUCUACAGUGCUUUAACGGGGGGUGCUCCAGCGAGCGCCGGCACGCGUAUCUUCACUCGCAGAAGCGCGAUCACCCACUCGGCGUCGUGAUUAAGCGCACUCGCAAGGAGCAGAAGCAACGCCCGGACAGCGAGCCUCCUCUCAAGAAGCUCGCGAUCUCCGCGCCAAGUGACGACGAGCUCUACGACUUCACUACGAGCCUGCGCUGCUUCGCGUGCUCGCCUGUCGGCGAGGCCGUCCACUCUGACCACCCAAAUGUUACCGCCACGAUCAACGGUAUAAUGAAAGCGCUUUCGUCGGCGCAGCAGAGUGAAGUUAAGGCGUGGGAGGAGGAGAUUAUACCUUGCGAGCACUCCCUCACUUUUCAGCAGGAACCACUUAUCGUCCCCGGUGAAGUUUCGCAGCAGUGCACCGAGUGCGACCUCACGUCUAACCUUUGGCUGUGCCUGACUUGCGGCUUUGUCAACUGCGGUCGUCAGCAGUACGGCGGCAUCGGCGGCAAUGGGCAUGCGCUUCAGCACUUCCACGACACAGGACACGCCCUUGGCGUCAAGCUCGGCACCAUCACACCCGAGGGCGGUGGUGAUAUUUACUGCUACUCGUGCGACGACGCUAAGGUCGACCCCGACCUCGCUCUCCAUCUCUCAACUUUCGGCGUCAACAUGCUUAGUCAAGCCAAAACCGAGAAGUCGAUGACUGAGUUGCAACUCGAGCAUAAUUUGAAGUUUGACUUCUCCAUGACGGGUGACGACGGCAACGAGCUUCAGCCUGUCUUUGGCAAGGCUCUCACUGGGUUGAAGAACCUAGGUAACAGCUGUUACAUGGCGUCCGUCAUGCAGGUCCUCUUCUCCCUGCCCGCCUUCCGCGAACGCUAUUUCACUGAACAAGGGCAACACCACCUCCAGACAUGUGAAAACCCACUGCCCGCCGACUGUCUGGAGUGCCAGAUGCUCAAGCUUGUCGAUGGCCUUCUGUCCGGGCGCUACUCGGUGCCAGCUCGCGCUCCUCCUGUCGCCAACAGCGAGUUCGAGCUCCCUGAACAGCCCAAGUUCCAAGAAGGGAUCCGCCCGGCGCAGUUCAAAGCGCUUAUUGGCAAGGGUCACGAGGAGUUUUCGACGAUGCGUCAGCAGGACUCGGAGGAGUUCUUGCAGCACCUGCUCGACCGCUUGCGCGCCGAGGCUCAGCGACAGGGCCAAAAUGCGGCGCUCGAGGCAACUGAGAACUUCCGCUUUGGGAUGGAACAGCGACUCCAGUGCGACGAGUGCCGCAAAGUUGGGUACAAAGUCGAUGCUGUUGACCUUGCUUCUCUUCCUGUGGAGGCGGUCGAGCAGGGGGUCGACGAGAGCGGCAAGAAACUGUUCAAGCCAGUGACUCUCGAGUCGUGCAUCGACGUGUUUUGUGCCCCUGAGGAGCUCACCGAUUAUGCGUGCAGCAGCUGUAACAAGAAGGUUCGCGCGGAGAAGACCACCAAGUUCUCGACAUAUCCCGAUUUCCUAGUCUUCCACAUGAAGAAGUUCCAACUCGUCAACUGGAUGCCCACGAAACUUGACAUCCCCGUACAGGUGCCCGACGAGCUUAACCUCGACAAAUAUCAGGGAAAAGGUCGCCAGCCGGGGGAAGCCGAGUUGGACGUUGAGGCUGCUGCUGCCCAGCCCGAGUUUGAUGCCACCGCCAUGGCGCAGCUCGAAGGGAUGGGCUUCCCCACGAUCCGCUGCCAGAAGGCACUUCUCGCGACAGGUAACUCAGGCGCCGAGGUUGCCAUGAACUGGCUCUUCGAGCACAUGGAAGACCCAGACAUCGACACGCCCAUCAAGCCCGCCGGCACUGCCGCCAGUGGUCCCGAGCCUUCCGCGGAGCAGAUCUCCAUGCUUUCGGAGAUGGGGUUUACACCUGCCCAGGCGCGCAAGGCUCUGCGCGAGACUGGCGGAAGCGCAGACGCUGCUGUGGAGUGGCUCUUCUCCCACCCCGAUGAUAUGGGUGAGGAAGUCGCGCCCUCUAUCCCGGCUGCUGGGGCUACUUCAGCCCCCAAGGUCGGCGGGUCAACUAAUCUCCCCGCGAAUUACCGUCUCAAAGCCUUCAUUUCUCACAAGGGGCCAUCAGUGCACUCGGGACACUACGUUGCGACGAUCCGCCAGCCGCAGGCUGGCAUUCCGGGCUCUUCGGAGCCGCGGGAUGAAUGGGUGCUUUUCAACGACGAGAAGGUUGCGCGCGCAGCAGCACACGGUGGCGAGGAGAUGCGCUCCCUCGCGUACCUGUACCUUUACGAGCGCGUGUAAAUUAUGCGCGUCUCGCUGAUUUUAUCUCCGACUCUGAUGAUGAUACAUAGCAUGGCGAUGUGUGCAUGGUGAUUGUACAGUGUGAUGAAAGUUAACGUAUGCCGUCGUACAUGCGGA